UUCUUUCCUUGACAUGUUUCGCUGAUGUUGAACGUGCCUCGACUGUUGUGUGAAUUAUAAAUGUAUGUUUGUUGUUUAAUAAAUAAAUACAAAAUAACCUUUAUACGCCUACAGUGCUGCCAUCUAGCGGUCGAACCUGGACAUGACAACAUCUCCAUCCCGGCAUGCCUUGCGAGCCCGCCGAGGAGCUAGCCUCCUGAUGCUAAGGUUAGCUCGGCGCGUUAGCAGCGAGCAGCGGACAUGUUGCGGCCAGCCUCGCUGGACUAGACGCCGGCAGAAGGUGCUAAGGGGACGUCGCGGGGUGUCACACCACCAUGGAUGCCGUCAACGCCUUCAACCAGGAGUUAUUCUCCUUGAUGGACUCCAGGCCACCGAUAUCUCGGGCCAAGAUGAUCUCCAUCACCAAGUCGGCCAUCAAGGCAUUGAAACUUUACAAACACGUGGUCCAGAUUGUGGAGAAGUUCAUCAAAAAGUGCAAGCCGGAGUACAAGGUCGCGGGCCUGUAUGUGGUGGAUUCUAUUGUCCGCCAGUCCCGGCACCAGUUCGGGGCGGACAAGGAUGUGUUUGGACCGAGGUUCACCAAGAACAUCACAGGAACCUUCGAGAACCUCUGCCUUUGCCCGCUAGAGGACAGGAGUAAGCUCGUGCGAGUGUUGAACCUGUGGCAGAAGAACAGCGUCUUCAAGAGCGAGGUCAUUCAGCCCCUUCUGGACAUGGCCGCCAGCGGGGGCGCGGCGCCCUACGCGGGCUCCGACGAGCCAGGUACACCUCCGUCUCCAGCCAAAGAAGCCGUCCCCACGGUGACGACGGCCAACCCCGCCGCCGCGCCUGCGGGUCAGCUGCAGAAAGAGGACAACCCCUUUGCCGCCGUGGCGGAGCUCUUCCAGACCACACAGGGUCAGCAGCUUCAGCAGAUGCUCCAGAACUUCCAGCAGCAGCCGGCGAAAGCGGAGCCGCCCCCUCAGCCUCCCGCCCCUCAGUUGGACGUCCAACACGCCGCCCGCGUCUUCAGCCCCGGGCCCCCGCGCCCCGCCCCGCCCUCCCAGCAGAAGACGGCGUUUGAUCGGACGCUGCUGGAUCGUUUCGACUACGACGACGAGCCAGACGCCGGAGAGGACAAGGAUGACUCCUCGCAUCCUUCCUUCAUGCAGCAGCCUCAUUCCUUCCCGCCGUCCAUGAUGAACAUGUCUCAGGAUCCCUCGCAUCAGGUCGCUCUCCCGCCUAACGGCCAGCUCUCUGCCUUCGGCAUGCUGCCAGGACAAGGCUUCCCAGUUAUGGGACACCUUCCACCAGGCCAGCAGCCUCCAGGCUUCCCAGGGGGUUUCUUUCCCUCUGGAUCGGCCCAGCAGGACUCGUCAGUCGACGCAGGAUCCUCUAUGAGGGAUGGCAGACAUGGUCAAAGGUCACGUUCAGGCUCCAGGUCCCCCAAGCGGAGGAGGUCGCGCUCCAACUCCCGCACACGCCGAUCCAGACACAGGCGCUCGCGCUCCAGGGACCGCCGCCAGCAGUCCCCGCGAUCCCGCUCGCAGGAGCGCAAGGAGAGGGAGCGCGAGCGCGAGCGUCGCCAAAAGGGUCUGCCGCCGUCCAAGAACGAGACGCUGAGCAUCUGCAGUACGACUCUGUGGGUGGGCCAGCUGGACAAGAGGACUCAGCAGCAGGACGUGGCGUGUCUGCUGGAGGAGUUUGGACCCAUUGACUCCAUCAAUAUGAUCCCUCCACGCGGCUGCGCCUACAUCGUCAUGAUACACCGGCAUGACGCCUUCAGGGCUCUGCAGAAGCUCAGUCGAGGGCCCUACAAAGUCAACCAAAAAGCCAUCAAGAUUGCGUGGGCUCUGAACAAGGGCAUCAAGGCAGACUUGAAAGAGUACUGGAACGUGGAGCUGGGGGUCACCUACGUGCCCUGGUCCAAGGUGAGGGAGGACCAACUGGAGGAGCUGAAGGAAGGAGGCGUCCUGGAUGGAGACACUUUAUCACCAGAGUGGAGCACAGCAAGGAAGGCCCUCAUGAACCCCGAGGAGCUCAACCACAACGGCGGGGCGGAGUCACAGCAGCACGAGGAGGCGCACCUGUUAGCCGCAGCUACUCCUGCACAGCUUCCUCCAAUGCAGCAGCCAAUGAUGGGCAUGGGACCUGUGCCGCCCCCUGGCUUCCCCGCCCCCAUGGGGAUGCCACCUCCCUCCUUCCCCCCGGGCAUGCCCCCGCCGCCGUUCAUCCGCCCUGGCUUCAACCCCAUGCAGAUGCCUCCAGGUUUCCCCCCACCCAGGACCAUGCCUCUCGGACCGCCGCCUCCUGCCAAAGGUGAAGACAUGGCUCUGGGCCCUGCAGGUCUGGUCACCAGGAAACACGAGGAGGUCUCGGACGCUCCCAACUUCUUCAAUAACCAGAUGGGAGCCAUGUGUAACCAGGUCGGCGCCCCUCCAGGAAGCAUCCAGCCUCCUACCGGGGGUCUGCUGGGGGCACGGCCCAGUUUAAUCCCAAUGCAGCGGCCCCCGGGUCCUCCGCUGCUGCACGGUCAGCGUUUCCCUCCACCCCGGGGGCCCCACUCCCCCGCCAUGCCCCCCGUCCCACAGCAGAUUAUGCACAGGGGGCCUCACGCGCCGAUGAUGCGCCACGACGCCCCACCGCCCAAAGGGGGCUUUGGGAUGCCCCCUUCGCACAGCAUCAGACCUCCCUUCCCUCCACAUGGGCCGCCCCCUCACGGGCCCCCUCCUCCCUUUGUCAGACCGGGGGUCCCCCGUUCGGGCGAUGGGCCCGAGGAAAGGAGCAGCCGCCCUCUCAGGGGUGAGUGGACGGGAUUCAGGGACCAGGAGCCUGAUCGGGAGCGGGACCGGGAGAGAGAUCGAGGGUUCGGCGGCGCCAGGCGUCCGUUUGGCGACAGAGCGAGGGGCGGCGACAGAAUGGACGCGAGGGACAGACUCGGCGGCUGGCAGGAAGACGGCGAUCAGCGCGGCGGCGGCUGGGAGAGGGACAGAGACCGACGAGACUGGAGGGACCGGCGAAGCAGCCUGGAUCGAGACUGGGAGCGAGGGAGGGGCGGCGACGGGGAGCGGGAGAACGGGAGGGGCGAAGGCGGCGACAGAGGAAGGGCCGAAGGCGGCGACAGAGGAAGGGCCGAAGGCGGCGACAGAGGAAGGGCGGACGGAGCAAGUCGGGAGAGCGGAAGAGGAGCCGACGGCAAAGAAGGGGGGCGGCCCAGACGCCGCGAGAGGACCACGCGGUGGGACCGGGACGACCGGCUGGCCGAGCUGGAGAACAUGGACAAGUUUCGCAGCCCUAAGGCUCUGCAGCCAUCGGCUUCGCAGCCGGCGGCUCUGCAGCCAUCGGCUUCGCAGCCGGCGGCUCUGCAGCCAUCGGCUCCGCAGCCAUCGGCUCCACAGCCGGCGGCUCCGCAGCCAUCGGCUCCACAGCCGGCGGCUCCGCAGCCAUCGGCUCCACAGCCGGCGGCUCCACAGCCGGCGGCUCCACAGCCGGCGGCUCCGCAGCCAUCUGCUCCACAGCCGGCGGCUCCGCAGCCAUCGGCUCCACAGCCAGCGGCUCCGCAGCCAUCGGCUCCACAGCCGGCAGUUUCGCAGUCGGCGGCUCCGCAGUCGGCGGCUCCGCAGCCGGCGGCUUCCACUGAAACUUGUAAAGGACCUGUUUUGGAAGCCCCUCAAAAAACUACUGAAUCUGCACCCUCAGCUCCGCCCCCGCAACCGGACGCCGCUGAACCGCCGUCUUCCGAGGCUCAGACCGAGUCCGUGGAGGCCAAACCGGAGGCGGCCUCAUAGACUCCUGUGGAAUACUUCCUGUGUCACAUGACUCCAUGGCCUGGUCCACAAGCGAUCACAGGGAAGUCACCACCCGAGAACUGACUUCUUGCAUGUCCAUUUGACUUCUGUCUCCAUCAAAGUAGAGUCCAUCUUUUAAAUGACUUUUACAAGCUUUUGUUCUUUUUACUCCAUGACAACAGCCGUGUGUUCCGGUCUUGCGUUCGCUUCGUUUGCCAUCACUCCAAUUUUCAAAGAUCAGCUGCAAAAAUAGAUCAGUUUUUGCUUCAUUCCUCACCGCGCACGGAAUGGCGUUUCCUCCAUGUGAAGACCUGACAAGUCGGACAAAGAAAGACGACGCAGUGUUAUCUCUUUACAGACGCUCGUCCCGGAUAAAUUAACCAACCCCCCCACUCCUUAAUGCCUCGCUCACGCAGGAUUCUCACAGGAAUGAGGCAAACAUUCAUGUAGCAUGUCCAUCUGCUGUGCGUUCAUGCGCAACUAAUAUACAAAUACACUAACUAGAAUACAUAAAAAACACAAUUUGGGAGCAGGCAAAGCUAAAAAUAAUCAAAUAUCGUGACCUAACGUAAAGAUCCGCGUCUCCAGAGCAGUAAGAAGCAAACACACCAUCAAUUCACCAGGGCUGUUUUGUUGUGUUUUUUAGUGCCACUGUGUGUUUUUCCUCACUUAACAGACUUUGUCCCGCCGCUGAAAUUGUGUCCGUGAUUUUUAGUGAACGCCUCGAAUCAUCGUAAUCACAAAUGAAGAGCACUGCUUGGAUCGGCCCCUGUAAAUAAGCUGUUCACUGUCGGCACCGGGGAGGGAGGGAGGGAGGGAGGGAGUGACGAU